AUGUCACUGCAAUUCCGCUUCACUGCUGGGUUGUUGAUCACCACCUUGGUCCAUAAUUCAUUAGAGAGCACGCCUCAACAAUCUCGAUGGUCAAAAACGCUCCCAACGUCUACACAUGCCGAGAAACUCUAA